CUAGUGGAUUACUAUGCUCCAAUCUUCUUCCUAGAGCUUUCUACAAUUCAACCUGAAGAGCUCUGCAAGGAUAUCUCCGCCUGCAAAUUAGCGGCAAGAGUUUCCAAAGCUUAGGAAGAUAGCUGUGAAUUUUGCCAUGAUGCUGUUUCACAAGUCUUGGAUAAGUUGAAAGACCCUGAUACACAGAUGGACAUAAUUGAACUACUCCUGAAGGCUUGUGAUUCCCUUGAGAGCUACGAGGACAAGUGUAAGAAGAUGGUCUUUGAGUACGGGCCACUAAUUCUUGGCAACAUGGAACAAAUUCUGGAGGCAGCUGAUGUAUGCAGUCUGUUGCAUUUGUGCGCCGCCACCGAAAUCAAAAGUGAAGAAUCAGUACCCACCAAGGAGAUGCCGUUACUAUCCGACUCUUGAAGCAUCGUCAUGCAGGAUGCAUAGUUCAUUUAUGUCCUAAAAUGUGCGUUUCACUCGCCAUCGAUACGUACGAUCACAACCCUACACUAGUGUCAUUACUCGUGACCGGAUAGAGCUGGAAAUGAAACCCAAAAAGGACCGAUGCAUGCCAGAUGGACAUUGGAACGUGUUGUCUGGUGGCGUUGGUUAAUGGUUGCUGCGAUCACUAGUGCUGUAACACCUAGCAUCGUCGAAGUUCUACUUUUGUUUACUUACUAUGUUUGUCAUACAAUAGCCGUAUCUGUCGGACAAAAGAACCUCGAUGGAACUACUUACAUUAUGGUUAGCCAUUGCUGCUAUGUGUGCGCGUUUGUUUGUAUAUAUAUAGUGGUCAGUUUGUGUUCCCUUA